UUCCCUAGAAAAUUUUCAUUGUUUUUUCCUAAACAGGCAAAGAUCGUUACCAAAACACUCAAAAGAUUUUCUUCUUCUUUUUUCCUGUACUCCCUUCAGUUAAUUUCCUACGGUUAGAUGUCGAUUGGGAAAAUGAAAGAAACGAAAGGAAACAAGAGAAUUGACAUUUCCACUCUCUCACUUCUUCUCCUUCAAAAUAUCUUCCUUUUAUAUCCCUAUCCUAUCCCCAUCCCCAAUUACUCCUUCCAUGCUUAGUCGCCCAGAUAUUUUCUCACUUCCCGCUCCCCACCCCCACCUACUUCUUCCACGCGCCACUUUCCACACGCUUUCUAAUUGCUUCCUCAACGCAGGCCCACAUACUGCCUCAUCACUUGCCCACUUCAAAGCGCGAGUGAGCCUAAUUCCCCACGCGCGAGCCGAUUCGCUUCCGCCAGCUGUUCCCGAGAAUUAAAAAAAGGGGAAAACGCCGUGGUUUUAUUUCACUUAUACUCACUAGCGCUAUAUAUAUAUAUUUAUCAAAAGGCUGAAAAAAGAAAAGCAUAACUCCUCUUGAAAAUUUCGUCGAACGGUUUCAUUCGCCGGCGGCGCCCGAUGGACGACGGCGAACCUUCCACCGGAAGCAGCUGCAGCAGCGGCGGCGGGGGCGGAGGGAACUGGACGAACGAGAAGCACAUGAAUUUCUUGAACUCGAUGGAGGCCACCUUCGUUCGUACAAUGCUAAUUGAAAACAACAACUCGUCGUCACUCCACCGCCACCACCUCCGCCUCGAUCGGUACUUGCCGGACAGCUUGGAGUCAACUCUCGACUCCGCCGAAUCGCGUAGGCAGAAGAAGAAUUCCCCGAUCGGCGCCGCCGCCUCAUCAGAUUCUGUUGGAUCAAGAAGCAUAAUGGGGAGUGGGGUUGAACGCAAGAGAUCAAGAAGAUUGGCGAUGGCGUCUUCUCAAACGCGUACCCAAAACAUCCAAACUUCCAAUUCACCAUCGAACGAUCAGGUGGUGCCGCAGCUUGAUAAGAGAAGUGGCGAUAAAGAUGAAAGAGAUCCUCGCCGAGCCUGCUAGUUACUGAAUGGUUUCGUCGCCAGCCUGAGGAAGUACAAGAAAUAUGAGCCAAGCUAGCUAUCUAAACAUAUCUUUGGAAAUAUCUUAUAUUUAGUCAACCUAGCUGAGAAAAUUAUGUUUCUUGGAUUUUCUUUGAACUGGUAUAGCUUACUUAAUCGAGGAAUUUUAUAAUGCUAUAUAGCAUUGGUGCUACAACUGUUUGUUUUUAUGAUACAACUUGAAGUUGUACCUUUAACGUUAUGGUACAACUUUAGAUUGUACCUAUACUCUUUUGUACAAAUUCUUUUAUGGUACAACUUAAACUUGUACCUUCAUGUGAUGGUGCAACUUUAAGUUAUAAAGUUGUACCAUAACAUAAAGAUACACAUUCUUUUAUGGUACAACUUUAACUUAUACAUUUAACAUUAUGGUACAAUUUUAAGUUGUACAUUAAAGUAUCAAUACUUUAUAGCAUAGUAGAAGUGCUCUACUUAAGCAUUGUCUUCAUGUCUUGGUUCUCUCCUUUCUUCCUUCUUUACUUAGAAAUAGAGAUGAUAGGUAACCUUUUUAUGUAACAGAAUAACAUCUCGAAAUGGACUUUUAAUUGAAUCAGGAACAAAAGUUUUGAAUUGUGAAUUUGGUGUACUAAAUUAUUUCAAACUUAUGAUGCAAAAUGUAAAUUUACGCUUGAUAAACGCAACACGACGAAUCUAAUUACUUAGUCGACUAGUCCCUACAUAUAAUCAUAUCGUUCAUGCAAAUUCAAAAUAUCAUAGGUCGUUUGGAUGGAGUAUUUGUAUGAGUUAUUUGAGUUCAAAUAACUCACAAUGAGUUAUUUGGACGCAAAUAACUCGUUUGGCAGCGUUUUACUGAAAUGAGUUAUUUGGACAGCGAGUUAUUUUCAAAUAACUCAAAACGAGUUAUUUGAAAUAACUUAGGGAUUUUUCCAGAAAUAGCACUGUUUAAAAAAAAAUUCCAAAAAUAGCACCUAAGUCCGAAAAAUUCCAAAACUAGCACCCUUUCCCAAAAACCGCUCCCUACCAGUGCGGUUUAGGCAAAAACCGCCACCCAGGGGCGCGUUUUUCGAUGAAAACCGCACCCCUAGGGGGCGGUUUUGCAUAUCGCACCCCUAGGGGGUGGUUUUGCAUAUCGCACCCCCACCAUGCGGUUUGGUUGCAGAUCGCACCCCCACCAUGCGAUCUGCUUUUUUUUUUUUUGAAAAAUCCUAACCUAAGUGGAAACUUCAAACGGACGUAUCUUUGUGUUCGGGUAUCCGAUCGUCGCGAAUUUUUUUUUGAUUCCGCAUAACUUUUUGAGAUCUUGCAAGCCGAAGACCGCCGAAUGUGGUUUGGUCCCGCCUUCGUCCCAAAAAAUGUCGUUUGCUACCCCGAACGAGCUUAUUUUCGAGUUCGUCAAACUUUAGACAACCAUAACUUUGUGCUCCAAAAUCCAAACGACAUGAAUUUUUUUUUAUUUCGCAUAAAUUUUUAAGGAAUAC